AUCUUCAUUUUGCAAAUAUUUUUGUUUUCUUCUCGAUUUUUGAGUCGUUGUUUGUUUCAAAGGAUCCCGUUUACUUUGCAAGCGUUUUCUGUUUGAAAUUCUCUGCAAUGUUGAUGUAAGGAGUGCGUGGAUUUGUCUUUGGUGUCUUAUAAAAGCCAUUUCAAAACCUUCAUAAUUACCUUAAUACCAUUUUUGUCUCUCGUCCUACUUGUCGUCUAUUUAGCUUGAAAAUCAUGGAUACUUAUGGUCGUCUUGCAUGAGAAAUCAAUGAUACAGACAAGGCGAUGGACCAAUAUGAUGAUCUUGAUCCAGAAGGCAGUUGUUUUGCACAAAUUCAAGCGCUGGUACAACCAGAGUUUAAAACAGGUAAAUUGGCGUCGAAAUCGGAAAAAGAAAUUCGAAAGACAGGAGGACGAGCUGUUAACCAUGACAUAUGUGAUAGCUGUGGUGAAGGUGGGGAUUUACUUUGUUGUGAUCAAUGUCCAUGUGCAUUUCAUCUCACUUGUUGUGAUCCUCCACUAAAUGAGGAUGAAAUUCCAUCUGGUGAGUGGCUCUGUAAUGAAUGCAAAGCCCAACCACACCAGGUACAUAUAUCAUCAACUUGCAUCAAUAAUGAUAAUAACAACCUUUUUUCAGAAUGGUAUAAAUGGAAAACAAAAAGUGAACAAACCACUACCACUGAUCAAAGAAAGUUGAAACGAGAUCAAGCUGAAAAGAUUUCUGCACCAUUUAAGGCUCUAGUGAAAAUGAGCUCUGGAAAGAAUCCUUCUACAUUUACUUUACCACCUGAACUUACAUGUCAUACUUAUUUUCCAGGAGAUAGGAAAAGAAAACAUGACAAUGAUGAAAAAGCAUCAGUUGCAAUAAAUGAUAAAAGGAAUUUAGAUUUUGAUGACGGUAGUCAUCUUGAAAAACUUUGUUUUGCCUGCUCAAGAACUGCUAAUCAUGAAAAGUUUGGAGAUCUUGUACAAUGUGAUUUUUGUCCAUUAUCUUUCCAUGCCAACUGUUUGCAACCUCCACUGACCAAUAAACCAUCUGGAAUGUGGAUGUGCCCAAAUCAUGCUGAACAUGCCGAGCCUGGUCUUAAGGAUCCCAGGUUUAGUCGACGUCUCAAGGCCUAUGAUGAUUUACACAACAAUAUAUCAAAACAUGCAAUUAAAAUGGAUUUUCUAAAUCGUGUUCACAGAAUACGCAACCAUCCCGACUUUGAAAGAAGACAAGAAACAUGGAAACGUAAACGACUUACUUUAAUACCUGAGUCAAUAAAGUGGCACUAUAAAAAUCCUCCCAUUUUACAACUUCCACAACACAUUCAAGAUUCCUUCAAACCUUUACCAUCCUAUCGCUUACCUCUAACACCUCCUAAACCUUUUGAACAAGAAGAGUGGCUGAAGUCAAUUGUUUCUCUGCAAUGUGAUAUUGCUAAACAUUUGGCCUCAAUUUCUGUUCCAAAAUCUCAAGACGCUGUAAAGAAAAUGGUGAAGUCAGUUUCACCCAGCGGAAAUAGUCAUUUCACAACCAACAACAAACUUUCCACAAUAUCGAAAGAAAUCAAAACUCAGAAAAACUUAAAUUCAAACGUCAGCUCCUUCACAUCCGUCAAACCUGUGACCACAAGUAGUACGACUAAGACAAUUGGUGUGACGUCUGCAGUGAAAACAGUAGCGUCCAGUACUUCCACGAACACAACUCAUUCAUCAGCGGUAACUUCAUUUUCGCGUGUGGUCACCACGCACACAGUGACGUCUGGCGGCAUAACUCUCACGAAACCAAUUACAAUACUGUACGCAUCGCCCUCGAAGAAUAUCGCUCAGCAAAACGGCCUGGUGACUAGUUCCACGAAACCUUUGAAUAACUGCAUUGGCAAGCUCACAAACAAUUCUGACACGAAACCGAUUGCUAAGGUCGAAGGAACUGUGAAAAAGUCAGUAACUGAUCAACAGCAAGCUGUUACCAAGACAACACUUCCAAACAUUUUUUUGAAGACAACUUCUGUGCAAAGUACAAACUCGAAAAAUUCUAAAACAAACAUAUUACAUUCAUCGAAAACAAAAAGUAUUGGUGUUAAUAAUAUAUCAGAAAAACAAACUUGCCAGACUGAGGUUAAAACAUUAACAAACGACUCCAAACUGCGAACCAUUGGCGAAUCGACAAAAGCGGUUAGCGUAUCACCCCCCGGAACAAAUACUCCUCGAAACGUAAGUGUUGUUGGAACUGUGACGUCAGGAACGAACGCUGGGGGCGGUUCUACCAAAGUAAUCGUGUUGACCAACACCGGAAGUGGCAAUAUCAUAAAAAAUAUUGCAACUUCUACCACAAAUGUCCAAAGAACAGCGACAGGUGGUGGCGUUCAUGGUAAUACUAUUACGUCAUCAACUGUUAGCAGUCCCGGCAUGCAAAGGAUUGUUGUUCACUCUAGUCCUCAGAAGAGCAUGUUAAAUGGUAGUGUAGGGAGUGGUACUUCUAAUUUACCACCCACUACCCAAGCGUCAAGUCCUGUUAGUGCUAUUUGUGCUGUCUCUGGACUGGAUAGCAUUCAAGAGUCUGAACUAAGUAAACUUGAUCCUCGACUUCUUCAAGUUUUGGCUCAUCAAAGACUACAGCAGUUAAUCAGUCAGACGGCAAGCAAGGUGAAACAAACGCCAAACUCCACUGUUGCCAGAAAAAUUUCUUUCCCAACAAACAAAGACAAUGCUAUACAUUCCUCUGAAGUUCCGAGUGGCAAAGCCAUUGCUGUACUCUGUCCCAUAAAUGGGGAAGGAAGAUCUUGUCCAAUGAUGUAUAAAGUCCUUAACGUUGGUCAAGGUCCAGAUAUGGAUGUGUGUCUUCGAAAUUACGGUUUUUGCAAUUAUCUAUCCGACAAACAUUGUUCUAUAUUCUUCGAUGAGGCAACGAAACAGUACGAGCUUUUAAACUACAGCGAACAUGGUACUUACGUGGAUAACGUUCUGUAUUCAUGUGAUUUUUCUGAUAAACCUAACCGAGGAUGCAUCACCUCCUCCCGGAGGUUGGACCCUACGAGAUUGUCAAAAGAACGACUACUCGAGAAACAAAAAAAAGGUGGAAAAGUAUCUUCUUUGGCGCGAAGGACAGCGGGUUUGGGAAUUCAAGUUGUUACCAGGCCAUGCAGUUGCUCGGCAAGCAGCUCGACUUUAAUUGGUGGCAGUGGUGCAGGGUGGGAAGGCACGGCUACAUUGCAUCAUGGUAGUUACGUAAAAAUAGGAUGCUUACAAUUUGUGUUUAGUGUUGUCAACAAAGCAGAAAAAAUGGAAGUUGAUAAUAGAACUACAAAAAAUGUCAAAAAUGAGUUAGUUUGAAUUUGGGAAAGUUUGUUUUUCAAAAGCAUUCUGAUUCUAAACUAAUAAAAAAUGUCUAUUUUUAAAACUUGAACAAAAUGAAAAAUAAGAAGAUAUUGUACAAUUAGCAAUCAAAAUUGAUGGAGCCUUUAUGAGAUGAAAUGUAUUUAUAGUAAUGUGUAUAAAAUGUAAAGAUAAAACAUACCUCGAUGUACAUAGAUAUACAUACUUCUAUAUACAUAGAUAUACGCUAACAAACAUUUGCUUUCUUUGCACUUUUAUUGCCUUUAACGAACUAGAAGUUGCUUUUACGGCCUGGCAAUUUUCUAUUAUCUUGAACAAUAUCAUGAUUGAUUUUGAAAAACCUGUUUUUUUAAAUUUCAAAAUCACAUCAAUUUCUCGACAUUAUAGGUUUUUUUUUUCAUAAAUAUAUGUUAAAAACUAAACACACA